AUGGAAGACAUAUCGAUUCCUGACAUGGAGCUUUUGAACUGUUCAGCUUUACUGUUAACAAAGGAUUUGUACGCCAACCGUCCUGCUGAAUUUGACAAACUUGAAUGUCGACCAAACACCAAUUCAGACUGCUCCGUAUUCGAAUACUGCUUGGACGGUGUUUGUACGCCCGAUAACAGAGGAGGAACAUGCCCGCCCGACGAGAUCUGUGUGAACAAGAAGUGUAUACCGCAUCCGCUUCAACCUCUCGCCCCUUCGGAUCCUAACGUGCCACCGCAACCAACAACACCAUCUGCUGAAGUCAGCGCAGCAGCGCUAUCAGCAGUGGAUGAAGUAAAGCCAGAAGCGAAGCCUGCAGUCGAGCCUCAGGCAAGAUCUGCACCUAAGCCAUCAGUGGCACCCGCAGAACAAACACAACCGAAUCCGACAACACCAUCUCCAUCGCCCUGCAAAAGCGGAUGGACUCAUAUUGCGAAUUUGAAAAGUUGCUACUACAUGAAACACGGAUCGUUCAAUUACCACCAGGCUAAUCGCGAAUGCCAAGCAAUGGGCUCAUAUUUGGCAACAGUUCGAAAUCAGGAAGAAAUGCAUCAAAUUAACGGCAGGUUUUUAACUGGGCUAAUUUCUCGCAUCAUUUUGGAGAAGCAUUGCUCGAUUAGAGCGAAAACAGAUAUCUUACGGAUUUUGCAGCAUUCACUCGCUGGGUGA